AUGAGCAAUCUUCUCUGGAAAUAUUAUCACGAAGAUGACGUCGAUAAAUUUCGACGCAUAUUGGCAAACGUCGCCAACCCAUCGCACACAUUGAAAGGACAUGGUGGAGGAUCGGCAUUUUCCAGUAGCUUUGGGAAUAAAAUAGGAAGUUCUGGCGGGUUGGGAACGUCACCGAAGACUUUCGGCAAGAGUCGCAAGGCUUCUGGUCCUGCUGGAAACAUAAAUGGGAUCAAAGGGCAGGGAAAUGCGAUCAGUCGAGCGGAGUUAAAUAGCAGAGAUCAUGCUGGGUUAACAGUUUUGCACCGAGCUGCGUCUUCAACAGCGGUGAAUGCAAUAGAAUUCGCCACCGCCCUUAUCGAACAUCCCUCUAUCGACCUCUAUAUACAAGACACAGAAAGUGGAUGGACAGCAUUGCAUAGGGCUUUGUAUUUUGGUAACGUCACGAUUGCUCGGGCAAUCAUCGAAAGGGACUCAAAGGACCGCGCUACUGGAAACACAGGAGCCAAGCCAGACUCGUCAGUUAUCAAGAUUAAAGAUCGGGAGGGAAACACCCCUUUUGAUGUCUACAAUGCGACCAUCGCACCACGAUCGAUCCGGGAAUACAUCAGAGAGCAAAGAUUGCGCCGCCACGAAAGAGAUGACGACUCUAAUGACGGUGAUUCUGAGCUGCUCAAGAUUGAUGUGUCAGAACCCGAAAGUAUUGAUGGGGAUGAGCUUUUUGCUUUUGGUAGCAACAAAAACUUUUCACUGGGGUUCGGUGAUCAGGAUGAUCGCCAGUAUCCGGAAAGGAUAACACUGAAGCGUCCUGACCGAUUACUCUUUCAGUUUUAUGAAAACUACCUAGACUCUGUCCAUCAUGACAAUCCUGUCGCGGGUCACGAAAGCUUUCCUACCACUGUAUCGGAGCUUCCCUCCAUGAUCCAAAAUAGGCCUAUUAUCAUACAUGAUGUCGUUCUUUCCAAGUUGAGUAGUGCUGUCUUGACUACAGAUCCAGAAUCAAACCUUUACAUGUGUGGCUUUGGUCCUGGAGGUAGAUUAGGGAUGGGAGAUGAAACCACUCGCUUCAAUUAUGUGCCAGUGAACCAGGGUGGCUUAGCAGGGAAGAAAGUCUCGACCGUUGCUCUCGGUCAGAACCAUACCCUUGCUGUAUCAUCUGAAGGAGAGAUUUUCAGUUGGGGCACAAACACUUGGGGUCAAUUAGGCUACAACCUACCUCGCCCUGCCUUAAAGGAUGAAGAACCCUUUUGCACAACUCCGCGCCAGAUUUUUGGACCUCUGAAAAGAGAAACCAUAGUCGGUAUAGCUGCAUCUGCUAUUCAUUCAGUGGCUCAUACAUCUAGCUCACUGUUCUGUUGGGGGAAGAACGAAGGACAACUAGGCCUUAUGGAUUCAGAUUCCCGAUCCUUGGAGGCUCAACUAGUACCCCGCAGAGUUGCGGCAUCCCUAUUCAAGUCAUCAAUCGUUAAAGUUUCGGCCAUCAACAGUGCAACAAUUUGCCUUCUGGAAAACCAUACAGUCUGUGUUUUCACGAACUAUGGUUAUAAUAUGGUCAAAUUCCCAUUACAUGAAAGCUUCACAAACUACUACCUUCAAAGCACUUCAUUCACAACCCGAUAUGACAACGAGUCUAACAAUAUCACUAAUAUUGAGUCUGGUGGAGAUACGAUUGCAGCCAUUUCUGGUAGAGGAGAUUUAUACACUUUGAAUGUAAGGAAGGUUGAUACAAAGGUUGCGGCAGCUUCAACAACCAACCCCUCAAAAAUCAAGGAAGCUCUAUCACAACCGCAGCGAGUCUGGUCACUCCGCAAGGGUAACUGGGAUGGAAUCAAGUCUGUUGGUGUUGCCGAAAAUGGAUCCGUCAUAGUUUGCACUCAGGCUGGUGCCGUGUGGCGACGUGUCAAAAGAGCUAAGAAUAAGGAUUCUUUCACUGGGAAUAGUGAUUAUGACCGAAAGGAUUUCAAAUUCCAGCGGGUCCCUGGACUUACCAAAGUAGUUGCUGUCAGAAGUAAUCCUUUUGGUGUAUUUGCGGCGAUCCGUAAGGACUGUGACGUGACUAGGACUCAAGUGAGGGUUGAAGAUGAGAAAUUGUUGGAGGAUCUUGAACCAUUGUCAAGCAUCAAAGAUCUGGUUGCCUCAGAGUAUCCAGCAGAACAGCAUGCAAAAUGGAAGGAUCGCUUCGAAAAUUUGGCAUCUGAAUAUGGGUCUGUUAUGGCAGCAGUCAUUACAUCUCCGGACCUUGAGGGGGACGUCGAACGCUUGUUCAUGGGUCAGAAUUUUGAUAGCAGCUAUGAUAUUGAGAUCUGUAGCAGCACAUCUGACAUCGCAAUACCUGUCCAUAGCUUCUUGGUUGCAGGUAGAUCUGCUGUCCUAAGAUCACUUCUAGCCGAGUUCCGUCACAGUGGAACCGCUUCGCUCCCCGAUCGUUCCAAAUCAGAACCUGAUAUUCUUAACAUUCAUAAAGGUACAAGCGGUAGGAUAAGAAUCACUUUCAACGGCCUGGAUUUUAUCACUCUUGUCAACGUUGUUAUAUUUCUUUACCAGGAUGAAGUUGCUGAUGUUUGGAACUUUGCAAAUUACUACCCACACUUGGCUUUCAGGUAUAGAAAGGUUAGGGGUCAACUCAUGGAACUUGGUUCCUAUUUGAAUAUGGAAUACUUGAAUGGGCCUGGGCUUCAUAGACGGCCCUCAGAUUCAAUAACCACUGACUUGGACAAUGCAAUCAAAGACGAGAAAUUCUUUGAUGGUUGUGAUGCUCUUGUUGAGUUGGAUGGAGGAGAAAUUCCUAUUCACAGUGCGCUUGCAUGCCAAAGAUGUCCUUUCUUUGAUGGUCUAUUCAAUGGUCGGUCUGGGGGUCAAUGGCUUGCUGGUAGACGUGCGGAAAAUACAGGUCCGAUCAGGAUCGAUUUGAAGCAUAUUGCACCAGAAACCUUCGAGGUCGUAUUACGCUAUCUAUAUGUUGAUAUAGGGCCUGAGAUUUUCGACCACAUAGUCUCCACAGAUAUCGAUGAGUUCUCGGAACUUAUCUUAGAUGUCAUGAGUGUUGCAAACGAGUUGAUGAUCGAUAGAUUAUCCCAAAUUUGUCAGCACGUUUUGGGCCGGUUCGUCACUACCCGCAAUGCCUGCCAUAUUGUUAAUGCUAUAGCACCUUGCUCAAUCACCGAGCUUAAACAUGCUGGUCUUGAGUACAUGUGCUUGCAGCUAGAAUCAAUGCUUGAGAAUCAUCUACUUGAUGAUCUUGACGAGGAACUUGUUCUCGAAUUGGAUGAAGUCGUACGCGAUAAUCAACUACAUUGUUUGCCGUUUGCAAAAAGUGGCCGAGCUGAUCUGGACUUACACGAGAAGUAUCCAGAAUUAGCAGAGGAUAUAGACGAGGAAAGGCGUCGCAGGCUUGGAGAUAUGAUGUUUCGUGCUCAUCUUAAAGAUGAGGAUAGUCGAUUAUCUUCGUCUUUUAAGAUGCGUAUGGGAAGUAUUGAUGAUAAUUUGUCCUCUCCCAGUAAUGAGAAAGCCAGGAGAAGAUCCAGGGCGGCGCAGAACGAACCAUUUAGCCCAAGUAUACGUCCCAAGGAUGUGGCGGCCGACUUCAUGUUCGAUAUGGAUGACGACGAACUGCCUGGAAGUCCACCUGACUUGAACUUGACUAUCGAUUUGACUUCUGCUUCUCCGGGUGGUCCAGCCACUCCAAGGUUUCCUACAAGCAGCUCAACUCCCAGGAUUGUAGAGUCAGGGUCUCCUACGGACCUACCAAGUUCUGCUGGUUUGGGAAUCAAAUACGCCCCUGACACACCUCAAUCAGCAGCUAAAACAUGGUCUUCCCCCAAUCUUUCACUGAAGCUUGAUAUGAAAGAAAUCAUGGCCCAGGCGUCAACAAGUCGUACUUCCAAUUUAUCCCUGAGCCUCUCUGCCCAAAAGGCCAAGGAUGAAGAAGCAACUGCUAAGUCGGCAACCCCAAGACUCUCGCAGAAGGAACGCAAGAAACAGCAGGCAGCAUUUCAACAAGCUGUACAGACUCCCGUGAGUAAAGGCAAAGAAAAAGCAUCGUCUCCUUGGCAAGUUGCGGGUGUCGGUUCGAGAACAAAUCUUAAGGAUAUCCUUGAUAAAGAGAAUAAAUCUUCGCCAGUAUCUCUAGCGCCAUUGUCAACGAUUUCACCAGCGAUUUCACCAGCAAAUACUCCCUCGAUUGCACGCCGAGUUGCGUCUCCAGAUACUAGAUUCUCUGGACAGAAAAGGAAUGAUAGCAGUAGCAUCACAAAAGUACAAACCCCAUCACCUGGUCCAUCAAAACAGCCAAUACCAUCAUCUAGAUCUACUCCACUCAUCCCUCACUCUAAGUCAUAUAAAGCGCCAGCAUCCAAGGCAGAGCCCUCGCUGCAAUUAUCAAUGGCUGAUAUCAUUGGAAUGCAACAGAGAGAACAAGAAGUGAUCAAAGAAGCAGUUGCAAAGAGAAGUCUCCAGGAAAUUCAAGAGGAGCAGAAAUUUCAGGAGUGGUGGGAUCAGGAAAGUAAGAGAGCAAUUGAGGAAGAAGCACAGAGGAUGAAGGCUUUUAGCAGUGGGGCUGGGCGAGGUGGUUCGAAGAGUGGUAGCGGGAGAGGAAAGGGUGGGACGAGAGGUAGAGGAGGUAGGGGGAGAGGUGGUGGAGGUGGAGAGUCUGUGAAGGGUGGGAGUGGAGGAGAACCCGUUAAGGGGGGAGGCGGUGGAAGUGGAAGUGGAAGACGGGGAAGGGGGAGACCACAGGAGAAAAUUAGCGCUGCCAAAUAG